CUUCGUGGUCGUUCUUCUUCUUCUUCUCCUCCUCCUUUUACUCCCUUCUCAAUGCAUUCUUCUUCUUCGUUCAUCAUCACCUCACUGGAAGAAGAGGAGAAGAAGCCUCCUGCUCAUCAUCUUCAUCAGCAGUCAAUUGAAGACGUCGGCAGUGUCACCUCAUCUGCCACGUUGCUGCUUCUCGACUCUGCCACGUGGAUGAUGCCAUCGUCAACGACUCAGCCGCACAUCUCUGAAAUUAGUGGAAAUGAGUGUGCCGCGUGUGCACAGCCUAUUCUUGACAGAUAUGUAUUCACUGUGCUCGGAAAAUGCUGGCAUCAGUCUUGUCUUCGAUGUUGUGACUGUCGAGCGCCCAUGUCAAUGACUUGUUUUAGUAGAGAUGGUCUUAUUCUGUGUAAAACUGAUUUUUCAAGGCGAUAUAGUCAACGGUGUGCCGGAUGCGAUGGGAAAUUGGAAAAAGAGGAUCUGGUGAGACGAGCAAGAGAUAAAGUUUUUCAUAUUCGAUGUUUUCAAUGCUCCGUUUGUCAAAGGUUAUUGGACACUGGUGACCAGCUUUAUAUCAUGGAAGGCAAUCGAUUCGUGUGUCAAAGUGAUUUUCAAACAGCAACCAAAACAUCAACGCCCACAUCGAUUCAUAGGCCCGUAUCCAAUGGAUCCGAAUGCAAUUCCGAUGUGGAGGAGGAUAAUGUGGAUGCUUGUGAUGAGGUCGGACUCGAUGAUGGAGAAGGCGAUUGUGGGAAGGACAAUUCAGAUGACUCGAAUUCUGCGAAAAGGCGUGGCCCUCGAACGACAAUUAAAGCAAAACAACUUGAAACCUUAAAAAACGCGUUCGCCGCAACACCCAAACCAACUCGACAUAUCCGUGAACAACUUGCCGCCGAGACAGGACUCAACAUGAGAGUCAUUCAGGUGUGGUUUCAAAACCGCCGAAGCAAGGAACGAAGAAUGAAACAACUUCGUUUUGGAGGAUAUCGUCAAUCCCGAAGACCACGCCGUGACGAUAUUGUAGAUAUGUUCCCGAAUGACCAACAAUUCUACCCACCACCUCCACCAUCAAAUGUUCAAUUCUUUUGUGACCCAUACACAACUUCUCCCAACAAUCCAGAAACCAUUCAAAUGGCUCCACAAUUUGCAGUUCCAACGGAAAAUAUGAACAUGGUUCCAGAGCCAUACACAGAACAAUCAGCGACCCCGCCAGAAUUCAAUGAAGACACAUUUGCAUGUAUCUAUUCAACAGACUUGGGAAAACCAACUCCGGUUUCAUGGUAGCCACUCGACCUCCCAACAAAUCCCACAUACAGGAGUAUUCCACGUUCGUGUAGUUUUUCUUCCUCGCAUUAUUUUAAAUUCUCAAAAAGCACUCACUUAAACAUUUUCCACACCGAUUUCCAAAUGCAACAAAAUCAACGAAUUCCUCUCAUUCAUGCCAAUCUAUUGUCAAUCUCUUGUGAUAUAAUUCCACUUUUUUCGAAUUGUUUUCAUUUUUAAGUUUUACUUUUUUUUCCGUAUAAAACCAUGUUUUGCUC